AGCGAGUUUCCUCUCGAACCAGGGGCGCCGCGCGCGCGCCCUGGCACGGCUUUCGCUGCAGUGGGCCAGAGGGGGGUCCGGAGGGCAACGGGCGGCGGCCUCCCGUCAUGGCGGCCGACAGUGUGCCCUCCCCGCGGCCGGGGCUCGUGGAGUUCCACCAGUGGGCCGUGGGCUUCCAGCGCUCCCUGGACGCCCUUGCCGCCAACCACGCCUCCCAGCUGGCGCUCCUGGAGGUGCUGACGAAGCCAGAGGAGCGCGCCGCCACAGAGGGCGACGCUCCCACGCAGCCCGCCGACAGCGGCGCCGGAGCCAACGCCGUGAGCGGAAGCAUCCUGUCUCGAGAGCAGCGGCGCGGCAGCAGUCACAGCAGGACCUCGCUCUCUGAGCUGGCCUCCUCGGACGGCUCCCCGAAGCCCCUGGACCUUGCGCGCGGGGAGAGGCCCAACGGUCAGGGCGCCACCGUCGAGGAGCACGGCUUCUGGACGCGAGAUCUCCAGGGGGGCAAAUCUUCAGACCUGAGUGCCCUGGUAACGGGAGCAGGCGGUACCGUUACCCGAUCCUCCAUUGGUUUCACGCGCACCAGCAGCACCCACACGGUCAUUGGCGACGUCUACCAGGAUCAGAGCAAGGUCAGCCAGCUCUGUCUGGUCAAGCCUGGCUCUGCACAGCACUUGGCGCACGCGGUGUGCUGCCUUACGGUCAUGUUGUACGACGUCGUGUCGCUGCCAAUGAUCGUGGCGUUCGCCUUGGAAGACAUGGCAGAGCUGAAGUCUUUGAAUUUUGCGGCGUGUGCUUUCUGGACGUAUGACAUCGCGACCAACUUCCGUUUGGGUUAUAAUGACCAGGACAGGGUUGAGAUGAGGUUCCACAAAAUCGCAAGCAGAUACAUGAAGACAUGGUUCGUGUUUGACAUAGUUGUAAUCAGUUUUGACUGGUUCACAUACGUGAUAGAGGACAUGCGUGGGCUAGGCAUUACCCGUGCGAUGAAGACACCCCGCAUAGUGCGAGUGAUAUUCCGCACUUUGAGACUGCUGCGGGUGGUGAAGUUGGUGAUUGUAAUGGAGGAAGCUAUGUCUUUCGUUGUUUCCGACUGGCUGAACAGCACGAUUGGCAUCGUAAAGAUGUUGUUCGGCAUGAUAUUGUUCAAUCAUUUCGUUGCUUGUUUCUGGUACAUCGUGGGCGACGUAACCAAGGAACACUCUCACGGAUCCUGGGUUUCGGAUUUUGAUCAGGAGCAUGAUCCUUCACCUAGCGUGAUACAUCGGUAUGUAACGAGCUUCCAUUGGAGUAUGUGUCAGUACACUCCGGCACCAAAUAACAUUCACCCGUCGAAUUUCCCGGAACGUCUUUACGCUUGUAUUACACUGUUGUUUGGCAUCGCUGUGUUUUCGACUUUCCUCGGCAAGAUUACAGGUCUGCUGACUCAUAUGGGCGGUGCUGCCUUCGAGAAGUCAAAAAACAACCAGAGCAUGAGGGUGUACAUGUCUUCAAACAUGAUUUCUCUGGGAACUGUUAAACGCAUCAACACCUUUUUGAAAAACCGCCUGGAAAAGAGAAGGAUGCUAUCUUACUCUGAAGUCAAGAACUUCGAGCAGCUUCCAGAAUCCCUCGCAGCGGAGCUCAAGUAUCAGUCGAAUCGCACAUGCGUCUGCACCCACUCACUGCUAUGUAUGAUGCGCAAGUCGGAUGCAGUCCUCGAGAACUACGACUUCCUCUUCAGGCUGUGCAGCAGCGGCCUCGAAGAGGUGUCUCUGAAGUGGGGCGACGAGCUGCUCCACCGCGGCCUCCCCGCCACGACCAUGGUCUUCGUGAAGAACGGCGUGCUGGAGUACUCCCAGAAGGUGACUUUCGAGAACGGGGCCGACGUCCCCAUCGCAGAGGAGGGGCCCGAGUGGAGGACGUUCCUGGGCAAAGGCACCAGCACGAGGUGGGCCUGCGAGAUGGCCCUCUGGUGCGACUGGAGGUAUCGCGGCCACCUGUCCGCCAAGGACCCGUCCACCGUCGUGCUGGUCCUGGUGGCGAGCACCUUCCACGACCUGGUCGGCGCGAGUUCGCAGCUCUUCCAAGACCUGAAGGAGUACGCGGCGGCCUACACCCUCCGGCUGCGGACCCAGUUCGAGGACCCCGAGGUGGCGCCGACGAUCAGCGACCUCUGGGGCCAGGGCGCCGUCUCGUACGCGCUGGUCGACGAGGUCUUCAACAUUUCUGCGCUGAGGGGGACGCAGUUCAUGUCGAAGG